CGCUGCGUAUACCGCCUAAUUAUAAACCAGGCUGGUGCCUCUAUGUGGUGCUGAAAAUAUUAAAAAAAUUAUUAGGCAUCAGUGUAACCAAUUGUUUGUCCGUAUAUAUCAUUCUUUGUCCAGUUCCGAUACCAAAUUCGCCGAUGUUGCAUCCAUUAUGCCAGCCGCUGUUUCUUCAAUCUUGCACUUCAUGACCCACGCAGUCAACCAUUCCAUUUAUAGCUCAUCAUCCUUCUCGCAGUUCUUCACCUCGUAAUCAACAGUCUUGUUGCCCUGCCCCAUAAUCUUGGGCUUAAAGUCGAGGUACACCAGCUCGUCCUUCUUGGGCUUCCACUCGCCAUUGGUAUCCCGAUAGUAGACAAUCUCGCCGCUGCCCACGUCGCGAACCUCCACGGUGGUAUGAGAAAGCGCGCCGUUAGUCGACCACUCGAGCUUGUAGCAGCCGUCAACCUUAACAGGGAAAGGCUUGGAGCACCGGGUGUUUCCGUCCUUGUCGAUGCACUUCUCCACGGCAAAGUCGAGCACGCUGCCUUUGAUGACGGUGUCACCGCCUAAAGAGUUGUAAGCAGUUGAUGGAAGACAGUGUUAGAGAGGGAGCUCACUUAGUGUGGCGCUAGCAAGGGCCAGGCUUGCAGUAGCCAGCUUCUGAACGUCGGGAAUAUGCAUGGUGAUGGUGGGUUGAUGGAAGGAUUCAGGUGUCGUUUCGCUGUUCUUUCAAUAAUCAACAACAGUUACAAGAGAGAUUCAGUUCUGUAUGGAAACAGAGUGUCAAGACAAAGAUGUAGAACCGCAGUCCUUUUAAACAAAUCGAUCAACCUUCAUACCCACAUCAUCGAUGACGUUUCCACAUGGAGCGUUUAGUCCGUUCCUGGUAACACCUGUUUUGAGUAAAGUAAGACACCGCAGCAAAUGCCAGUCGUUUUGACGUCAGUAUGUCGCAUCAAUUGGU